CAUGUAACCCCGGCUAUGUCGGAAACGGUGUAACAUGUGAGAAUACAAAUGAGUGUCUUCAGGGAAUAUUCGAGUGUCCACUUUACUCCACAUGUGUGGACAAUGUUGGUUCAUAUGUGUGUAACUGCGACACAGGGUUCGUUGAGAUUGCAAACCAAUGUACAGAUAUUGAUGAAUGUUCGGAUAAUAACCUAAAUAAUUGCGAUGUCGAUGCUACCUGCGUGAACCAGGUUGGUUCGUACCUUUGCUAUUGUAACCAGGGAUAUCUCGGAGAUGGUAAUAUAUGUUCUGCCAUCAACCAGUGCACUGAUGUAGUCUCACCAUUAACGUGUGACGCCAAUGCUGUGUGCAUACAUGAAUUUGGCGGAUCGGUCUGCCAGUGUAAUGAAGGAUACACGGGAGAUGGGAUUAUGUGUA